UUCAGAUCAGAUUUCACAUUCAGCUCCGACCAGCUGAGAGAGACACAGCCAGAGAGCAGGAGGGCUCGGAUCUCCGCUUUCCCCUCCGGUACCCCCGCCACAGAGCGAACAAGAAGCGAGGAACAACCGGGUGCGCAAAUAUUAAAAACACCACCGGGAUUUUUCUUUUUUACCCUCCUCUUCCUUUUUUUCUUCCUUUUAUGCAUUUUUGCAGGAUUUCAGCAGCGAGAGCGACACUCAGAAUUAGAUAGAGAGAAGCAGCAGCAGCAGCAGCAGAGAUGGACGAGCAGACGAGGUUGAUGCACUCUCACACGGGGGUAGGCAUGGCAGGGCACCCCGGCCUGCCGCAGCAUAUGCAGGAAGGCACCGGAGCAACGGACGGCGACGGCAGGAAACAGGACAUUGGAGACAUUUUACAGCAAAUUAUGACCAUCACGGAUCAAAGUCUGGACGAAGCCCAAGCCAGGAAACACGCUCUGAACUGUCACAGAAUGAAGCCAGCGCUUUUCAACGUCUUGUGUGAAAUCAAGGAAAAAACAGUGCUGAGUAUCCGCGGCGCCCAGGAGGAGGAGCCCCCGGAUCCCCAGCUCAUGCGCCUGGACAACAUGCUGCUGGCGGAGGGCGUGUCCGGGCCGGAGAAAGGAGGAGGCUCGGCGGCGGCGGCUGCUGCGGCGGCGGCCUCGGGAGGAGCGGGGGCGGACAACUCGGCGGAGCACUCUGACUACAGGGCCAAGCUGACCCAGAUCAGACAGAUCUACCACACAGAGCUGGAGAAGUACGAACAGGCGUGCAACGAGUUCACCACCCACGUGAUGAACCUGUUGCGGGAGCAGUCGCGCACACGUCCAAUUUCGCCCAAAGAGAUCGAGCGCAUGGUGAACAUCAUCCACCGCAAGUUCAGCUCCAUCCAGAUGCAGCUCAAGCAGAGCACCUGCGAGGCCGUCAUGAUCCUGCGCUCCCGCUUCCUCGAUGCCAGACGGAAAAGACGAAACUUCAACAAGCAGGCGACAGAGAUCCUGAACGAGUAUUUCUACUCGCACCUCAGUAAUCCGUAUCCCAGCGAGGAAGCUAAAGAGGAGCUGGCAAAGAAGUGUGCCAUCACAGUUGCCCAGGUUUCCAACUGGUUUGGGAAUAAAAGAAUCAGAUACAAGAAAAACAUUGGUAAGUUCCAAGAAGAAGCCAACAUGUACGCUGCGAGAACUGCCGUGAAUGCGGCUAAUGCAUCCUCACAUGGAAGCCAAGCAAAUUCACCCUCAACUCCAAACUCUGCAGGUUCUGCUGGCUCUUUUAACAUGUCAAACUCCGGGGACUUGUUCAUGAGCGUGCAGUCUCUCAAUGGGGACUCGUACCAGGGGGCUCAGGUGGGAGCCAACGUGCAGUCACAGGUGGAUACCCUUCGCCAUGUUAUCAGUCAGACAGGCGGAUACAGUGAAGGACUCACAGCCAACCAGAUGUACAGUCCGCAGGGCAUCAAUGCAAACGGUGGCUGGCAGGAUGCUCCGACCCCCUCGUCAGUGACUUCACCCACAGAAGGACCCGGAAGCGUCCACUCUGACACCUCCAACUGAUCCUCCACCUCCUCUUCACUCCUCCGUCCUAACUUCCUCCACCACUGCACCUGUAGACAAAUCCCCGAAAACUUAAAUUAAACCCCAUCGGGAUUGGACGUGACGUACUGUACGAAGUCACGCGGCGGGACACAGUCGGGGUUUGGGACGACAUUUUCAACAUAACGGACAGAAGUUUCACUUUUCCUAUCUGGACUACGGCAGCACCGUUAGCAGCCUGCGUAGGGGACUCAUAUCCACACGUCACAGUUUGUACAGUUUCCACUCGAUGUCCAUGUUGCCUCUUUGUAUUUCUCUUACAUUAUAUAUCCACACAAUAGGCACACAGUUAGCAGCUCCCCACGUCUUGUAAAUUGAAAUGCUUCCACACUACCUCUAUUCCAAAUAACAACAGAGAAAACAUUUCAAACGCUUCGGUUUUACAAAUUUUUAUAAUUAUCGGGAUUUUACUGUACGACGCACCGCGCCCUGUCAUAACACCUCUGUCUUUGUUACUGUGUUUCGCACAUUUACGUUAUCUACAGUGCCAAAGUUCAACCCUGGAGGUGAAUUUUGAUACGUUUUUCAUGCCAUACUUUGUAAGUAUUAUUAUGUUAGUCCAGUCAUGUUAGUCACGUAUUCAGCCUCGAUUUAUAUAGUUUGUAUUCAGAACUUCUACAACAGACAAUGACAUAUAAGGCAUUUUAUAUUUUAUCGCCUGAGGAGCAGGUUUUCUGCUCAUAUGCAGUACAAUAAUAAGAAUUCACAAUUUUUACGCAAGCAAUUAAAGAGCGACUCAAGACGAGAGUUGAAGUUCUGUCACGUUUGUCGGCUGCAUUAAAAACAUUCAAAGAAAAAUUGACCCGAAACACUAAAUCAAUGACAACAUUAGCAGCAAUCACGUCAAUAACACUAAAGCACAAUAACGCCUAAUGAUUGAACUCGUAGGGUAACAUUUGUAAAUGUCGGGAGAGAAAACAAUGCAGAGGGAAUUUUCAGAUUUAACUUUAGGAGUCAUAUAUGGAAGAAAGAGGGACAUACAGAACAUUGUCAGACAUCAUCAGUGUGUAUCAAUAUAGCCAAAAACUGCUGGUAACCAAAUCCAAAACAAAAAUUGUGAUUCAGAUUUUAAGGUUUCAUAUAGUUGGGAAUGAUGUAUUUUCUCUGAAUUCAUUUUUUCAUUUUUGGUGUUACAUUUGCGUCAUUGUCCUGAGACCAUGAUGGGACACUUUGAGUUCAGAUUAGAUUUUUUUUUUGUUUGUUUGUUCUUUGGCUCAGUCUAAAUUAUU